AUACAAUGAUGAUUUUUACUAAGCCACAAUUAUGUACUCCAUCUAUGCCCAGUCUCCCUUAUUCUGCUCAUCUCACAACAGUCCUUCUCACCAUCUCACGAAGAAAUGGGAUGAGUAUGUUGGCAAAUCUUCCAACCUCAUCCAGCUCAUCUUAGGCGAAGAUCGGCACAAUAAACAUACCGAAGGUACUUCCAUGCACAGCCACCGAAACAUUGGCCGCGAUCGCCGUGAGCGAUCGCGAAUGAGAAAGAAAGUUGAUAAAACAGUCGGCGCGCACCGGAAACCGGCUCAGUUUGAUAGAAACAGCGCGCCACUGAGGACGCGUACGAUUGUUGCGCUUGUUUUGCCCGUUGAAAGGCUUCGUUCGUGAGAAUCAUCUGGCGGUAGGCUUUACGCGAGCGAAACCUACACGUGAACCCCUUUUUUCCAUGUGUACUUGUACAAUCCUCUGAGGAUUGCCAUGGUUUGAUAAACGGAUAUUAAACGUAUGGCGGUGUAGUGCGUAGUGGUCGCUUGUGAGUGCUUGAAGAACAUUGUGAAUAUAGUGAAUAGGAAGAAAAACAGAUCUUUAUCAUAAGAAGCAUUGCUAUCAUGAAACAAAGUGCACAAAGUGAGACAUCGGUAGCGCCCGGCAAUAUCGGUAGCUACGGGAUGUUCAAUGGCACCGGAGGACACACCAACACAAACAACCGGAAACGACAGUUGGUGGAAUCGGGUGCAUUCGCACUGUUUGCAUUGACCGUGGCAGUGCUGUGUACAAGUGUUAGCGCUACAACGGAACCCACCAUCGUGAAUGCUACGAGUGUGACGGAGUUCCCGGUGAGCAACUCCAGUACCGGCCGUGCCAGUAGUCGACCGAUGUUCUCUACCGGUAACCAUCUGUGGGAUGCACUGAUUGCAGAAUGUAUGCGUAAGCCAACGUUCGCCUGCAUACAGAAGAACGUGUACAGCUUCCUGGGAGAACAGCUGGAUGUGGAGAACGUGAACUUUACGAACCGUGUGCAGUUCCUACGGAAUCGGGUCGAUUUCACCAAGUACACGCGUGAAGCAAACGACGCCAACGAUGGGGAGGAGGACAGCGAAAACGAAAUCCCGGACGCUCGCAGUGCAUUCGAACCGUCGUCACCGAUCGAAGAGGUCACUACGGCGCUGCGAGAGAAGAGCCUCAAGUUCAUGCUAACGCACGACGUCAGCGUCCAGAUGCCGGAGGUCAUGUUCGAUGGUGCAAUCUUCCGCAUCCAACCACGAGCCAUCGAGGGUAAUGGGAUGAUCGCGAAGCUGGAAUUCGUACCUCGCACCGAGCUAGCGGAGGCCCGUGGACACGGCACACCCAGGAUCCUGUUCAAGAAGAUCAAGAAAUUCUUUCAGAACAAGCUGCUACUAGCCUUCCUUGCGAUUGUGCUCAUCAUCAAGAUCAUCAAGAUUAAGGUGAUGUGGCUAUUGCCACUGUUGGUCGGUGUCGGUACGGCCAAAAAGCUGGUGCUGAAGUUCCUGCUAUUCCUGUUCCCGGCGUUGGCGCACAUAUUCAAGCUCUGCUCGUACUAUCACGCGUCCUACCACAAGCCGAACUUCCACCAUCAUCAGCACCACAUCAACCAUCUGCACACGUUUUAUCCACACGAGCACGCUACUCCGGAGUUGAUUUACACGAAGCCUCCACGAGGUCAUCCGUCGGAAUUUUUGCACGGAGCACCGGUUCCACCCCACACGCACUAUCAGCCGGAAGUGAACUACGAAUUUACCGCUCCUGGAUUGGGCUCAGAGUUCAUUAGCGAUAGAAACUCGUACGUAGACACAUCGUUCAAGCCAAAGUACGAUGACUUGAACGAUAUCAAAGCAUGGGGUUUGGGCGAAAGCACAAAUACAUCAGCACCACAAUCAUCGCCAUACUUCACCUCGCCGCCCACCUCCCCCAAUGGUGCCGUCGGUGGCAGCGGCAGCUACAAUGUAAAUCCACUCACGCAGCACGCCGCCAGCAGGGUCCACAGUCCGAAACCAGUGUACGGACCGCCAGGAUAUAGCUCAUCCGCCCAAAAACGGAUCCCAACCGGGGCGGCUACCUCGAUCGCGGCUCAGUACGUGUCAGCACCAUCCGGACCGACGUUAUCGGCGGAAGAACAGAUUAUACGUGAGGCUCAGCGACAGGAAGCGUACAGGAUAGCGCAGGAGCAGAAGCUGAUUUCUAAACAGCAAGCGAUCGUUAAUCAGCAAGCCUACGUACAGGAAGGCGUCACACCGCGGCCAGUCGAUCCGUUCUACAGUCCCAUUUUGCAACGGUUGGACAAGGUGUUCAAUUCGCUCGGCAUUGUCGACGAAAGCUGUCGAGAGCGGCUCGUCUGCAGCAUGUACAAGAGUCCUGUCAAGUACAGUCCACACAGCAACUAUGUAUCGGCAGAACUCAGCAGAGAUGCUUCGGAGCUUCAGAAACCAACGUCAACGAACGCGGCCGUUGUUCGAUUCUACCGAUAUGUUCAAGCAGCACGUGACGGCCAAGAUCAGCGAGAUUGUCAACGAAUCUACUCCCAGUGCACGAUCAACAUGGAGAAGAAGAAAAAGUAGUACAGUACAUGGAUCGCGAUUUCGUACGACACGUUGAAGCAGACACACAAAUCAGCAGUAAACACACAACGAUCUAUCGACACAUACCUCAAAGGACAUGUUUCUUACUCUGUAAAUAGCUCAGUACAUAACUUAGGGAAGACUUCGCCACUUGUGUCCAUUUGAUCUGUUUUUUCCAAUUUCCUCAAGCCUUCCUCUAAGAAGCAAAAGCAGCGUAGCGAACGCAUCUACUUCAUCGCAAUCAGGCUAGUUUUAAGGCGAAAGGUUUCACUCAGGCACAAAUGGCGCGCUGUGCGUGUAGUGAGAUAACAUUUUGGGUGUAGGGAUAAAAUUGAUACAGAUGUAGUAGUGGCACACAAGCAAACAUGCGUGAAAUAGUUUGUACGAAUGGAACGGGAGAGAUGAAUAAUUGUAAAGUGCAAAUGAAAAUUAGUUAACGCGGUCGGCAGGGUUUUGGUUUCUUGAGCGAAGCCCGCCUCGGACAACAAAAAACUCUCGGAAGCAAUCGGAAGGUUUCGUGUUAUUUUUCUCGGGCAACAUCUUGCACUGUAGGCCAUGUAGGAGUCCCCAUUCGGUUUGACCCCGGGGCACGUUUAUUUAUUUAUUUAUUUAUUUAUUAUCUUAUUUAUUGACCUAUUUAUUUGGAGCCAGGUGGCCGAAGAUAGGACGAGUGAAUAAAAUGUCUAAAAAUGUAGGUGUCUUUCAGUAGUAGGGAUAGAACAUAAAAUGGAAGUGCACUAAAUGGGGAAACAGAGCGUUAGUGUGCUGACUAUGGCACAAUUAUUCAGGAAGAAGUGAAUAAAAUUUCAUAGAAUAAAUUAGAAAACGUAUUUUUUCUUAUUCGCUGCAGC